CCUUUCGCCAACCAUGGCAUCAACAGUAACGAGCGAUUCACUCGUCUACGACCGCUCCCGCGGCAUUGGCGGCGACGGCGGCGUCGGCGUCGAGCGAGUACACAAGUACCACUGGCCAGCCAUCCAGCUCAACGUGUGGAUGCUCGUUAUGCUUAUUGCGGCUUGCACCAUUAUCGGCGUAUUUGCGACGUUUAUUGAUGUGCAAAACAUCCUCUUGCUACCUGUACCAUGGUACUUCCCCUACUUCAUCACCGUCUCGUCUCUCACGAUCCUCUUUAUCGCUUUUCUCCUCGCCCUCAUCUUCCAGCGUCGCUUGCUUCCGUCCAUCGUCAUGAUUGGCGGCUUUAUCCUGUUCGUCCUCUGGCUGGUGGGACUGAUCGUCAUCAGCGUGCAGCUCUGGGGUCCUAACGGCAGCGUCAAUUCGAAUUGCAAUUUGUUUGUCUUUGGCGCCGACCCGCAGCCGACGGGCCAGAAUCUUGUCACCCUCGCCUGGCUGGAGCAGAGGAGUAUUUGCCAGAGUUGGUAUGCGGUUUUCUCGUUUGCACUGGUCGGGACGGUGUUUUUGGUGUGGAUUAUGGUUAUUGCUUAUCAGGUUUUUGCUGAUGAUAGAAGGUAAGGGGGAGGGAGGUAAGCCAGGUGUGUGAAAAGGAGGUCUGGGAUGUUUUUGUUAUGACGCGAGCGAGCUAUGGUGGUAUUUUUUUCUUGUACACGUUUGUGUUUCCUCGGGCGCUCGAUACAUAAGAACUGGAGGUGGCAUGACGAUGGAUACGAGGUUUGGAUUCGGAUACGGACAUGAUGGCAAUGAUUACGACGGGAAAAUAUGAAAAGUUUAGUGUAAUGCACCAGAAAUACAAAACGAAAGCUUAAGACAAGCCCCCGUUCUCCUCCAUCGCCAAACCCUUCUCAACUCCUUCCAACUCAAGCCAAAAGCCUCCCUCCAUCCGUGCCCAAGCACCUCCCCGUAACAUAGCGGUCCCUCAUGAGAUAAAUAUACGCCUCCGCCACGUCCUCGGGCGUGCCCACCGUCCCCGUCAGCGUCUGCUUCUUGAACCCAUCCAGCAGCUGCUCCAACUGCUCCCCUUCGCCAAACGCACUGAACAACUCCGUCUUCACCGCGCCGGGGCUGACCAGAUUGACCCUCGUAGGCUUCAAGUCCACCGCCAGGCCUCUCGCCAGUCCCUCGAUCGCGCCGCACACGCCCGCUACCACGCUCCAUCCAGGGGCGGGUUUCUCCGAGUUGGUGCCGCUCGUGAAGGUGAUGCUGCUGUAGACCGAG